ACUUGAUAUCGUGAAUUCCUCGAAUUCGUUACUUGGCAGGACUAAGAAUUUACUGCUGCAUGAAAAAUAUUGACGGUCAAAUAUAUUCGCGAAUUCUUUCGGUAUGACCUUGUCACCAAUUUUCAUUUAAUUUUGUCCAACAGCUGGUGGCAUAGUUGAUAGUAUUCUGGCAUAUAAUUAGUGUUCGAUUGAACGCAACGUGUUUUUGUAUAUAUACGCAAAUAUUUAAGCGGAUCUAUUAAGUAAAUAACCACGUCCAUUAUUAUUUAUUUAAACUAGGUGAACUCAGAAUACUAAUGCGGAUCUACUCUUGCGUAUAUUUUUUAAGCUAAUAUAGUCAGUGUAGAUUACCGUAUUGUUUUAAACGUGACAAGAGUAUAUAAAUUCAAAACGAAUUCUAAUGGUGACUUCAUACGAUAUAAUAGUACAGUGAAUCAUUGUGCGAUUUACCAUCGUUUGUAACAAGCGGAGCAUUGGAUGGAUAAACGUGGAUAGCGAACUAUAAUAGCCAGCAAUCAUGAGAAACUUUUUAGUAGCAAUUUGUUUGUGGAUGGUGAUUAACGGAGUAGUCAUGUUUGGAGACGCAUCGGUUGAAGAUCAGGCACAAUUGAAAUUACUAGCGGUCUUAUUCAGGCACGGGGAUCGCACUCCCGACCCAAGCAUAGGCGAAUAUUUUCGAACGAGUUUGAGCCCGAAAAAUAAUUGGUUUCCAGCGGGUCCGGGAAAUCUGUUGAAUGAGGGAAAACUGCGAGAGUAUAAUCUCGGACGAGCACUAAAAUCAAGAUACGAUGAAUUUCUGGGCGACAUCUAUUACCCCGCGAUACUCAAAGCUCGCAGUACUGAUUAUGACCGAACCAAAAUGUCUCUCCAAUUGGUUUUGAACGGUUUAUUUCCUCCGGCACCAAUUCAACAAUGGAAGAAAGGGGUGGACUGGCAGCCGAUUCCUACAGAAUACUUUCGUGCGGAGGAAGACUGGGUUUUGCGUCCCGAUUUGUGUCCUAAAUCGAUGGCUGCGAAAAAUACGUACGUGAAUAGUACGGAAUAUCGUGAACGCUUGAGCGAGCUGGAAGAUUUGUCGAAAUGUCUUGAGAAAGCCACCGGCAAGGAGUAUAAAACUAUUCUUGAUAUGGCUUUGUUGUACAUCUAUCUUAGUCAAGAAGCUGCUUCGGGAAGGAAGCUUCCAGAAUGGACCAAAGGAAUUUUUCCAAAUGGCCGAUUAUUGGAUGCCGCUACCUUCUAUUUUGAUAUACAGACACGCAAUGAUGAACUGAGGAGAUUGUCUGGGGGAAUGUUGCUGCGGAAAAUUACCGAUGAUUUCAAGAGUUAUAGAAAUGGGACUCUAGAGCAAGGCAGGAAAUUAUACGCUUACAGUGCCCAUGAUGUAAACAUCGCUGCUCUCCUGGGUACUCUUGGAAUCUGGAAACCCCAUAUGCCACAAUACUCUAGUGCCGUCAUCAUGGAACUAUUAGAGUAUAAUGACGAAUAUUUUAUCAAGGUGGUUCGGUAUCUCGGAAUUCCACCAAAGUUCAUAGAAGUGCGCAUUCCGCAGUGUGACAAGCUAUGCCCGAUGGAUAAGUUCUUGUUCCUCAUGAAGAACGUCAUUGCAACCGAUGACGAUUUGGAAUGUGUAUAGCAUCUUGAUUUCUUAUUAUGCUUAAUAGGUGCUGAACCAUUCGCUUGUGACGGUACGUGAACCUCUCCGAGGCACGUGUAGUUCAGUCGCAUAGUUGUAUCGAUAUUGUCAAUCACCAUUUGACUCUCUCAAAACCGUUGUAAUAUCAGUAUUUUUUAGAUUUGAGUCGUUCACGGUAGAUGAUUUCCUCAUUUUCUUAGAAUACUUAAGAAACAGGUACAAGUCUGUGAUCCCAUUCGGUUUCAUGAAUAAUAUUACAGUAUCAAUACUUAGUGUUUAUAAUUGAUUAUGGGUAGCGAAACAUGAUUCUCUAGAGUUAUUACCGUCCACUAAUGUUUAAAUCGAGAAAGUGUAAAAACAACAAAAAAAAAAGAAAAUGAAUAAAAACUACGUACAAGGAAACUAUUCCGCUAUUAGGGCCACUCGA